AUGGCGCCAUAUGACGCAAGUGAGGAAGUGGCGCCGCCCUUCCAGACUUUGUAUUUCUCCGAUGAGUUCAUGAGCAAGUUCCAGCCAUUGGCUUCGGCCAAUCGAAGGUUGAAGGAGGAUAAGAAUGACAAGGAGGCACAGAAAAUGUACGAUGAGUACUUUCCUAUGUACAAGAACUAUGAUUGGUGCAGCACAUGGGAUGGUAACAAGUACGACCUCGUUUUCUACGGCGUAUCGGGCUACACCGGCUACUUGAUGAUGGAGUACUUGAAGCGCGUGUCCCUCAAGCGAAACCCUGAGCCCUUCACUUUUGCCUUCGCUGGUCGAACACCUUCGCGAGUAGCUGACUUGCGUGACAGGGAGUUCGCGGGCACACAGUGGGAGAACACUCCGGUGCUGCAGAUGUCCUACGAUGAUCCAUACUCUGUGAUCGACUUGGUUAAAAGUGCCAGAUGUGUCAUCAAUGUUGCCGGGCCCUACAUGCUCACACAGGGUGAGCUGAUGAUUGACUGCUGCAUUUCCAUGGGUGUUCACUAUUGUGACAUCAGCGGAGAGAUUCCUUGGUCGCGUCGUAUCACUCCACUGAACACGUAUGCGCAGAGGAACAAGGCCUUCAUCAUUCCCAGCGCAGCUUCUGCUGGUGGCUUCCCAGACCUUUGCACCUUCCUGUGUGCGAAGAAGGCACAUGAAGAUUACGGGGAGGACUUGCGCAAAGCCAUUUGCUACGUCAACGGUGGCGGUGCGAUCGCGACGGCUUCUGGAGGAACGCUGAAGACCCGAGCCACGAUGGCAGCAGGAGGCGAUGAGACGCGAAAGAUGAUGGGAGAUCCAUACGCCCUGGGAGGCUUUGUGCCGGACCGAGAUCGCCAUGGCAUCAAGUACUGCAACAUCGAGUUCGGUACCGGCAAGGUCACAACCAAGGUGCGGGCAGAGGAUUUGGAUGCGAACAUGUCCAAGAUCUCUGAGGACAAGCACCUAGGCAUUUGGCGUGGCCCCAACGUCUACUCCUACUUCGAUACGCGCAUUGUGAGGCGGUCGAAUAUGCUUUUAGCUGACAUGGGCGGGAGCCCUUAUGGCAAAAGCCUGAAUUUCCUUCAGUUCUCCGUGCUGCCAACAGAGAUGCUUCUGCAGCAGAAGGGUGGAGGUGGAGGAGCCGGUGGAGGCAUUGGUGCCGGUGCUGGUGGAGGUGGAGGCGGUGGCAGCGUCGAGGCUGAGAGGAAAGCACUGGAGGCCAAGGGUGUGUACUACAAGGCAGGCGACGGUCCCCCGCUUGAAGAGCUGGAUGAUGCCUGGUCGGCCUGGUUCCUCUGGUCGCAGACUGAAAAGGGCCAUGAGAUCAAGUGCGAUUUCAUCGGAAGAGAUGGCUACUUCGAGACUGCACGCAUUGCAGUGGAAACAGCGAUGACCCUGGUUUUCGACCAGCCGAAUCUGCCUUUCCCCGGUGGUGUGCUCACACCUGCCGUGGCCUGCGGCGAGGCUUUGGCAAGGCGUUUGAUCCACAGUGGUGUGAAGUUCUCAAUGGGCGAAUGGCACGGCGUGGAGGAGUUCAACCCUCCUCCAAAUCCCUGA